CCCCGCCCCGCGGAGCCCGGAUGAGGCAGGUCCGGCGGCGGCCGGCGAUGCAGCGGCUCUGACAGGGGAUGCGCCCGGGUUGUGUUGAUCAUGGACAGUGAAGAAAUUCCAACUUUCUCAAGUCCGAAGGAGGAAACUGCUUAUUGGAAAGAGCUUUCCUUGAAGUACAAACAAAGUUUCCAGGAAGCUCGGGAAGAGCUGGCUGAAUUUCAGGAGGGAAGCAGAGAACUAGAAGCGGAGUUGGAGGCCCAGCUAGUGCAGGCUGAACAAAGGAACAGAGAUUUGCAAGCAGAUAACCAAAGACUCAAAUAUGAAGUGGAAACAUUAAAGGAGAAACUGGAGCACCAAUAUGCGCAGAGUUACAAACAGGUGUCGUUGUUAGAGGAUGACCUGAGCCAGACRCGGGCCAUUAAAGAUCAGCUGCAUAAGUAUGUGAGGGAGUUGGAACAGGCCAACGACGACUUGGAGCGUGCAAAGAGAGCAACAAUAGUUUCAUUGGAAGACUUUGAACAAAGGCUCAACCAGGCUAUUGAGAGAAAUGCGUUUUUAGAAAGUGAACUGGAUGACAAGGAAUCGUUGCUAGUUUCUGUCCAGAGAUUAAAGGAUGAAGCAAGAGACUUAAGGCAAGAAUUGGCAGUACGGGAAAGGCAACAGGAAGUCACUCGAAAGUCGGCACCUAGUUCUCCAACUCUGGACUGCGAGAAGAUGGAUUCGGCUGUCCAGGCAUCUCUCUCCUUGCCAGCUACACCGGUUGGAAAAGGAUCAGAAAAUAGUUUUCCUUCCCCAAAAGCUAUACCAAAUGGGUUUGGUACCAGCCCUCUUACUCCUUCAGCUAGAAUAUCUGCRCUCAACAUUGUGGGAGAUCUCUUACGGAAAGUAGGGGCCUUAGAAUCCAAAUUAGCUGCUUGCAGGAAUUUUGCCAAGGACCAGGCGUCACGGAAAUCCUACAUUUCAGGGAAUGUUAGCAGCAGCGUGAUGAACAGCAACGGCACAAAGUACCCUCAUCCUGGACAUACAUCUUUCUUUGACAAAGGGGCRGUAAAUGGCUUCGAUCAAGGUCCCGCUGGCCUGGGCUCCUCCAGACCGUCGUCGGCACCAGGCAUGCUCCCCCUGAGCGUAUGAGCCACGGGCAGCCCACGCUCGGACUCGCAGUUGCUUUUCUGAAGCCACCACGAGCAGAAGUGCUUCUGAUUCCUGCCCAGGA